UUUUGACCUUGCUUCAACUGCAGCCUUCCUUUUCCGUUUUCCAAGCAAAAUGGCCAAGCGUACCAAGAAGGUCGGAGUUGUGGGCAAGUACGGGACCCGUUAUGGAGCUUCCCUGCGAAAGACCGUCAAGAAGAUGGAGGUCUCUCAGCACGCCAAGUACACAUGCUCCUUCUGUGGCAAGGAUGCCAUGAAGCGCAAGGCCGUGGGCAUCUGGUUUUGCAACAUGAAAAACUGUCGCGUGACCGUGGCCGGAGGAGCUUGGAGCUACACAACCACCGCCGCCGCCUCCGUUCGAUCCGCCAUCCGACGUCUGAGAGAAAUGAAGGAGCUUUAGACCAACUCAUCCAUCGCUUCUGUAUUUCUCCCUUCACGUUUAUAAAAAGAUGGUGUGUGUGAAACAAUCCGAAAACGCUAUUAAAGAUUGAUUUCUCAAGCA